AUGACUGUAACAAAAGAGACUCAGACUCCCAAUGAGGCUUUUGUUCUGCAUCCAGGGGGCAAAUUCUUUUUCGAAGAGCGCAGCAAACCAACGAUACAAUCUUCCCGAGAUGUCAUAGUCCAAAUUAUGGCCACUGGCCUUUGCGGCUCAGAUGUUCACUAUUGGCAACACGGCCGGAUAGGCCGGUACGUCGUCGAAGACCCCAUAACUCUAGGCCACGAAUCGACAGGAAUCGUGGUUGAAAGCGGAAGCGAUGUACAGGGUCUCGCAAUCGGCGAUCGCGUUGCCCUGGAGCCAGGCGUUGCCUGUAACACAUGUGCGCAUUGUCGCAACGGUCGCUAUAACCUGUGUAAAGACAUGCGUUUCGCCGCAACACCACCAUACGACGGAACCCUCGCCACAUACUAUCGCGUCCCUGUGGAAUGCUGCUUCAAGCUUCCACCCCACAUCUCCCUACGAGACGGUACUCUGAUUGAACCUCUCAGUGUCGCCGUGCACAGUUCUCGGCUUGCAGGCAAUAUGCAAGAGAAAUCGGUUGUUGUGUUCGGAGCUGGCCCGGUUGGUCUACUCUGCUGUGCAGUCGCACGAGCAUUCGGUGCGUCAAAGGUUGUUGCAGUGGAUGUUGUUCCGGCUCGAUUGAGCUCUGCAUCCAAGUAUGGCGCUACACAUACCUAUCAGAUGACCACCGAAACGGCAGAAAAGAAUGCAGCAGAUCUCCUGGCUGCUGCAGGACUGAACCUGGGGGCUGAUAUCGCUUUGGAUGCGACUGGCGCGGAACCCUGCUUGAACUGUGGUAUCCUCGCCCUCGCACAGGGCGGGACGUUCGUUCAGGUUGGGCUGGGAAAGCCGAACCUUUCUCUUCCAGUCGGUCAGAUCUGUGAUAAAGAGAUUGUCUUCAAAGGGAGCUUCCGAUAUGGGCCUGGUGACUUCCAGUUGGCGAUUGGAUUACUGGAUUCGCGUCGGGUUAGACUGGAUGGUCUCAUUACCCACGAAUUCCCCUUCACCCAGGCAGAGCAGGCGUUUGAAAAUGUUGCUGGCCGCACUGGAAUCAAGAGUGUGAUAUAUGGACCAGGUGUUGACGAGAAAGCAGCCAAUGUAGCUUCAGAAUAG